UGAUCCCACAUACAGUCAGCCGUUGGUCCGCGGCCAUGACGACAGCAGCGAACGGAUCGUCAGCUUGACAGAUGUUCAUUCAGCACGAGCCUCUUCAUUCAAUGCCGAGCCAAAGAGGAGCAGAGCGGUCUGUGUUUGGACUAUUCACCGAGGCGGAGAGCUACACCAACUGAAACAUGUCAGCGGAGAAGGCUACGAGUCCCUGUAACAAAUUCCAAGCCAACAUCUUUAAUAAAAGUAAAUGCCAAAACUGCUUCAAGUCCCGGGGGCUGCAUCUGUUGAACGAGCAUGACAUGGAGCAGGCGAAACCCAUCUAUGGAGGCUGGCUCUGUUUGGCUCCUGAGGGGACAGAUUUUGACAACCCGAUGCAAAGGUCAAGGAAAUGGCAGCGACGCUUCUUUAUUCUGUAUGAACACGGCAGCCUGAGCUUCGCCUUGGAUGAACUGCCCAGCACUUUGCCACAGGGAACGGUGAACAUGAAUCUGUGUACAGACAUCACCGAUGCUGAGCACAGGACAGGCCAGAGAAACGCACUCUGCAUCGCCACACCAGAGCAGGAAAUAUUUAUCCGUGAUGACAAUAAAGAGAUUAUUAAUGGGUGGAGUGAACAACUCGGAGUCUAUUUACGGGCUAACAAGCAAAACCAGAAGAAAAAACGCAAAGUGGAACCUGUGGCCACCCUGGAGCCCAGUCCAGCAAAGAUGGCUGUGACUGAUACAAGUUUUCCAUCACCGAAGAGCUCUGCAGUGUCCAGCCAGUGGCAGGAGCUCCAGAGACCGGAUGUAACCCCAGUUUGGGCUGUCAAAGAUCCCCAGGGCCCAGAGCAGACCCCUUCAGGCAACGCGUCUGCCUACCUGUGCUCGGUCUCCAGGGACUCUUUGAGCAUUGACAGCUUUGGUAGCCCAGUCUUGGACUUGGUAGGAUAUGGAAACACCGACCCUGGCAGUAACAACCAGCUGGCUGAGUCUAAUAACAUCCAUACAUCAACAAACAACAAGAACCAGAGCCACGACAGAAGCAAUGACAGCACAGCAGAGAGGAUUCUGGGAUUGGUGGCCACCAAGAAAGAGCAGGGAGGGGGAACAGCCAUUUCAAGGAAGGGCAGGAGUGAAGCUCGUACCAACAAGCGAGAGAAACUGCAGUCGUGUGGAGACGUAGCCCAGCUCAGCGCUCCCCCUCCUCUGAGAAGAGCCAGAUCUCUGGACCGCAGGGCAUCAGACACCAUCAUGACGCCAGAUUUAUUAAACUUCAAGAAAGGCUGGAUGAUGAAAUUGGAUGGUGAAAAUGACCAGUGGAAGAAAUAUUGGUUUGUACUAUCGACUGACAAUCUGAGAUACUACAAGGACUCAGUGGCUGAGGAGGCUUCAGAUCUUGAAGGAGAAAUUGACCUAACAAAGUGUUAUAAUGUGUCUGAGUACCAGGUGCAGAGGAACUAUGGCUUUCAGAUCCAUACCCUGAAUGCUGUCUACACGUUGUCUGCCAUGACUGCAGGGAUACGAAAGAACUGGAUCCAGGCUCUGAUGAAAAAUGUACAGCCAGCCAGUGCCCCUGAUGUAGCCAGUUUACCUGGCUACCACCAUGUUCCCUGCAGCCCAGCUGAAGCUCUCCCCAAACCAGAUGUGACCCAGGACUCAUCCUCCACUGAUGUCACCGCAGAGAGAGACCCUCACCCCAAACCCAGGAGUGUGAUGGAGAGACGACGGGAAGGACGUUAUAAAACCUUUGACUGGUCUGGGUUUAGGUCUCAUAGCAAUCAGAAGAGGGAGACGGACCCACUGAGGACUAAACCUUCAUGCUUACUAGAGUUGGGUGACCCAGAGAGAAGGAAGAGGCGGGAGGAGAGGAGAAGGAGAUAUGAAAGUAUGCUGGGCUUCUCCUUGGGCAAGGAAGAGACUGGAGAUAAGACAUUGGACAGUGGUGUUAUAGCACUGAGUCCAGAGUCACAGCAGACAAUGGAAGAGGAGAUAGAAGAGCGCUGGAAGCAGGUGGAGAAGACUGUAUUCAGACUGGAGAGGACAGUUCCACUGUAUACCGAAGCCAGGCAUACUGUGGAAAUGGAGAAACUGCUGGACAGUUACAUGAAGGGGGUUGAGGAUUUGAAGGCUAAGCUGGCAGAGUCUGAGCAUCGCAGACUGGAGGUGGAAGCUCAGCUGAACACAGUGGGACAUCAGCAGCAGCAGCUGGACUCCUUGCUGUUCUGUUCUGAAGCAGAUUUUUGCCAGUGGGACACAAAUGAAAAGCCAUUGAACAGCCACACACAGAGCCUGAAAGAUGUGUCUGAAGAAACCAGAAAGCUCUUACAGCAGCAGAACAUUUUAAGACAGGACAUGUAUGAGCAGCUUGGCCUUUCGUCACCUUCAUUAGCACCUCAGACACCCAGUAUCUGGCUGCAUGAUAAAGAGGGCAAUUUCCAACAAGUAGGAGAUUUUCUUCCUGAGAGUAUAGCCACACCUUUAUUGUCACCUGCAUCAGACAGCCAACUGUCACAGAGUGAUGGACAAACUAUAGAACUAAAUUUGGAUGUUGCAACAAAUCCUGACCAGAAUCUGUUGGACUCUGACGACAGUCAGAUAUUUCCCACCUCAGAAACACAAAUAAAUAACAUGAAUGAAUAUGGUUUGAGUUCAUUCAUUCUGGAAAAGCCUACAGAAGGAGACAACAUCUCUCUCAGCUGUUGCGUAGAGCAGCACAUACCUCCAGACCAGGCAAUGGUGAGGAGGCUUUCACAAGAGGUGGAGCUGCUUACCAGCCAGAACGAGGCUCUCAACCAACGCAACCAGGAGAUGCUAAACCAACUGAUAGAGGCGGACCGUGAGAUAGAGCGGCUGAAAGCAGAGCUCAGCUGCAGGUACACUGAACCUCAUCAUCUACCAGAAGUGGAACAGCAGGGAAAGAUGAGGCUAGAAGAUCUGGAGAAGGAGCUGAGCUUGAGGAACCAGGAACUCCUGGAGGCCCAGAUGCUUAUCACCUCUCUGGGGGAAAAUCUGAGGGAGACGGAGGCAAUGCUGCAGCUGAACAUCCCAGCAGAAACAGGGAAGACAGGAGAGGAGAAAAGCCACUGUGCUGAGAAAACAGAGGCAUAUCUGCUGCAGUGUUUUCAGGCUACUCAGGCAAAACUGAUGGAGCUGGUGAGGCAGCUUGACCAAUCAGAGCUGACCUGCAGGGAGCUCCAGGCACAGAACUCAGAGCUGAAGCAAGCUGAGAAACUUUACCGUCAGAGAGCUGCAGAGGCAGAGGCUGACAUCAUGAGCCUGAAUCAGAAGUUAGAGGAGGGGAGCUUAAAAGAUAGAGAUGGAAACAGAGGUGUUUCUGGUGAAGAAAGGAUCCAGCAAGUGAUAGAGGGGAUAGUCAUGAGGUUGGAAGCUUUGGGAAAGCUGUUGGAUGUGAUUAACAGGUUGGAGUUUGGAAAAGAAAGUGAGCAUGAGGAGGAGGAGGAGCCUACAGUGGUGAGUCAGUUGAAAUGGGAGGAAGGUUUCUGGAGUUCACUGCUCAACGAACUCCGAACCAGCACUUCCCAAUCAAAUGAGGAGAAAGCUGUAGAAAAGCUUCUCAGUGAGGUGACAGAACAUAUGAUACUGGAGACACAAGUGCUGCUUUUAGGCCAUGGUCUACUUUCUCAGACAGGUGAUGGGGAAAAGAAUGAAUCUUUGAAAGAUAUGGAUGGUAAAUGGAACACUGCAAAUAUUCCAGCAACAGAAACCAAAAGGACAGAUGAAAGCAGGAUGCUUGAUUUCAGCAACCAGCUGUGUGAUAUUAAACAUUUUAGAGUGAUGACACAGAUGAAAAUUUCUUUGCUAAACUACGUCACCUCCUCUGUCGCCACCUCUGCAAAACUCCAGUUGAUGGCAGACACACUCAACGAUUUUCACAUUUCAGAGCAUCCUCGGUCUGGAUUCAUUCACUCUGCAGCCACUGAAGCACUAUACUGCUGUCAUCUAAGCAGGCUUCAGUCAAAGUUUGUGAGGGAGCAUGAAGAAAUCAAACAGAAACUCCUCACUUCUCCUCUCAACUGCAGCAGCUGUGUCAAACUGUUGGAAGAAAACAGGGAGCUAAAAAUAAGAUUGCAACAAGCGUCCUCACGAGGCGAUGAGGUGAACACCUGUUGCCAGACAGACGAAACUUACCGGCAGGAUCAAGAGUCACAGACAACGGAGAGUACUGCAGGUGAAAUUAGGGAAGAAAAGGUGCAAGAGACGCAUAAAACACCAGAUGACUGUAUGGAAAUUGCACUUUCAGGUGUUGAAGUUCAGCUGGGAAUGCAGGAGAUCUCAGAUGAAAACACAGACAAAAGUGAUGAAACCCACAAGGAAACAGUUCCAGGUGAGGAGCUGGAUCAGGUUUCAGCACUGAGAAGAAGAGCGAAUGAGCUGGAGGAGCUGAUGUCUGUCAUAACCGAGGAGAUGAAAGAAGAGUUUGAUGGGCAAAUGAGUUCUGUGAAAAUGCAGCAUGAGAAGGAAAUGGAAAAGCUGAAGGCCUCAUGUGAGCAGGGGUUUGCCUCCGUGCAGGAAUCUCACCUGAAGGUGGUGGAGGAGCUGCAGUAUCAACACCAGAAGGAGGUGGAGCGCCUCCUGGUGGAGAGAGACCUAUUACUGGAAGAGGAAACCACUGCUACUGCAACUGCAAUUGAAGCCAUCAAUCACGCUCACCGCCUGGAGCUGCAGAGGGAGUUGCAGAAGAGAUGUCAGUCACAAAACAGCAGUGGAAACGCACACCUGGAAGACCUGUACAGACAACACAGUGAGGAGAUGGAGUCCUGCCAGCGGGAGCUUGAUGUUUUGUCACAGCAGUUCUCCCUCAAGUGUCUGGAGAACAGGCAUCUUGUCCAGGCUCUGGAUGCUGAGAGGAAGGCCUUGUGUCAGUGCCAGCAGGAAAACCAGGACCUGAGGACCAGGAACCAGGAGUUGAGUGGUCACCUCGCAGCAGAGAUCACCAGACUUUGUUCUCUGGCCAAACAGCACGAGCUGCCACUCAGCCAAGGAAUGGAUGCCUAUGAGCUGGAGAUUACUCUGCGAGUGAAAGAGUCUGAGGUGCAGUGUCUGAAGCAGGAGAUCACAUCUCUGAAGGAUGAACUGCAGUCAGCACAAAGGGACAAGAGAAACACAACAAAGAAAUAUAAGGACAUGUACACUGAGCUGAGCAUCAUGAGGGCCAGAGCUGAGAGAGAGCUGGAUGAGAUGAGAGAAAAUCUGAGGCUGGCUCAUCAGGCUUUGGGACAAGCCACACUGUGAAUUCUCUGUUUUGAUUACAUUGCAGUUGUACUUUACCUUAAGUAUUACCCUCAAGAACUUAGUUUAAAACAAGAAAAUAUUUCCUUUAACAUGUCAUUGUCUUACUGUAUAUGAUAAAUCUACUCACUUCCCACUCCUUUUUAUUGGCUUUGCUCUCUUCUGUGAAUGUGAACAUUGUUAUAGUAUUAUAAUAUUUGUGUUUGCCAAAUAUUGUCAUAAAAAUGAGCAGUUACUUUGUCUUGUAUUUAUUUUAUUUGUACAGCCAUAUGGUUACUGUAUUGUACUGGGGAUAUUCUGUGUUUUAUCAGAUAUAUAGGCUGGUCUUUUC